AUGUCCUCUGAUGAAGUGAACGUGAUAGCAACAAUGUAUCCCAAACCCGGUAAACAUAAGGAGCUCGCCUCGCACCUUGCCGAACUCUCUCGCCAAGUGCAGGCCAACGAGCCCGAUACCCUAAUCUACUAUGCCUUCUCCGUCAAUAAUGGCAAUGAGAUCAUGGUUGUGGAAAGAUAUCGAGACCAUGAAGCAUUGCAAGCGCAUCUGUUAGGACCGUAUUUCCAGGAGUUUGGGGAUAACGCGUCCAGGUUGAUGGAGAGGCCGUACGAUGUCAAAGUUGGAAAUGGAUUUUUGUCUAAUUCGGUGGGAGUGAUGAGGAUUUAA